GGACUCGCAACCCUUGCAAAAACCCUUCUGAAACUGAAAUCCCUUUCUUAUUUCGGCGCCAGAGAAACGUCAAACAAUUUCUAGGAUUUCUCAGCAGAAAAUCAAAAAUCACCAUGACUCGAUUAAACUCUAAGAAAAUACUAGAAGAAAACCAAAAUAAAGAUCCUUCAUCCGUUACUUCUCUUGUACUCACUCAGAAAGCUUUAACAGAUGUUUCUUGCUUGACUGAAUUCAAAAACUUGGAGAGACUUGACCUUGCAUUUAACAAUCUUUCUUCAUUAGAGGGGUUAAGUUCAUGUAUCAAUUUGAAAUGGUUAUCCGUUGUACAAAAUAAACUAGAAAGCUUGAAAGGGAUUGAACGUCUUUCUAAGCUUCAAGUGUUAAAUGCUGGCAAAAAUAGGCUAAAAUCAAUGACUGAGGUCACCCAUCUCAUUAGUGUGAGGGCAUUAAUCUUGAAUGAGAAUGAGAUAUCCACCAUUUGCAAGCUUGAUCAAAAGGAAUUGAACACUCUGGUUCUUUCAAGGAAUCCUAUUCGCAAGAUUGGUGACUCUUUGGUCAAGGUUAAAUGUCUUGUUCAGCUAUCGCUUUCCCAUUGUCAACUUGAAAACAUCGGGUCAUCAUUCAAGUCUCUAGCAGAUUUGAAGGAGGUCCGGCUUGCUCACAAUGAAAUCACGGUUAUACCAUCUGAGUUGGCCCUUAGUACAAGGCUCCAAAACCUAGACCUUGGAAACAACUCCAUCUCAAAUUGGUCAGCCUUGAAGGCACUCUCAUCAUUCAACAGUCUGAAAAAUCUGAAUUUACAGGGGAACCCUAUCGCUGAAAAUGACACAUUGGCUAAAAAGGUGAAAAAAUUGGUACCCAACUUGCAGAUAUACAACAGCAGACCUAUUGAGAGAAGUAAAGCUAAUGAGAGGAAUUCCAAGAAAGAUGUCAAGAGUUCAGUAGUUGACAAUUCUUCUCCCAGUAAAGCUAGUGACAUUAAGGACUUGAAUGAAGAACAAAAUGAGGUCCCUAGAAAUGAGAAAACAUCCAAAAAACGCAUCUUCAGUGAAGAAGAAGAUGAUCCAUCCAUUAACAAGAAGGAUACUAACAUGGAAAAGGAUGAAUUAAAGAAGAAAAAGUCGAAAGUAAACAAGCUCCCAGCGAAAGAUAUCUCCAGCAGCAACAAGGGAGAAAUUGAAGCAGAAGAUCGAUUGAAGAGGAAAAACUCAAAGAAGGUAAAGGAAAACACAGUUGACAUGAUUGAUGAUGGUGAAACUUCAUUUAUGGAUCUUAUUACUUCAAGCAGCAGAGAUCCUAAAGAACGUAAAACUGAGGAGGAGACUGUUAGAGCCAAAAAAUCAGUUAGUGAAGCGUUGGUUACAUUCCCUGUCAACAAGAAGAAAGUGAAGGGUGUUCCUACGGGUCUUGCUGCACUCCAGUUGUUCUCGCCUGAUGAAGUUGGGAUGGGUGGGCAUUCAAGUUGGGAUGCUUGAAUUGUUCACACUAUGGAUUUCUUUGGCAAUUUUGGGAUAUAUCUCCUUUUUUGUUGUUUCCUUUUUCGCAUGUACAUGGUUUAUGAGAUGUAUAAGGGUUGGAUAAUUGACCUUAUGCAUGGGCUAGAACAACACAAUGCUCAAACAGCCUUGAAUAGCAAGUGGGGGCUUGCUGUUUGAAGUUCCUUCCCAUCCAAUUUCACAGUGGACUCUUGUAACUCCAUUGUAGACAUGGUUGCCCAUACUGUACUUACUGGAGAAGAAAUUGAUUUGUAUGAUCUUAAAAUCUAAGUUAUGUU